AUGGGUUCGACACUCAACCAAGGAACAGUUCAUGCCGGAGGCAAUCUUCAUCUUGGUCGUGACGAGGAGAAGGACCACUACAAAGAAUGUCUUCGUGAGCUUCUGAGUAGUCUUCCUGGUGACCCUCGCGAUCACAAGGAAGAUCUAAUCACCAGGAACGGUCGCUGGCUAAAAGGUACUUGCCAAUGGAUUCUACGCACCAAAGAGUUCAUCGAGUGGCACGAAUCGAAGCCUCCACGAUUGAUCUGGAUCACCGGAGGUCCUGGCAAAGGAAAGACCAUGCUUGCGCAUUUUCUUGUCGACUACUGCGAGAUAGUCGGAGCUCGUGAGCCGGAUCGGGAGUUGGUCAUCUACUUCUUCUGCGGGACCCAAGACGGACUAAACUCGGGGCCCUCACUCCUUCGAGGUCUUAUCUAUCAAAUACUCGUCAGAAACAAAGCAACUUUUUGCCACAUCAAAGAGGCCUUCUCCAACCAUGGGAAGUCCCUGUUUGACGACGCUCAGUUUGAAGCCCUAUGGAGGGUGUUCGAUACCAUGAUCCGAGAUAAGACGCUGAAAUCCGUUACCUGCAUCUUAGAUGGCCUAGACGAGUGUAUCGAAGAGUCCCUCGCCCCGUUCUUGGUCAAGAUCCGCGAUGUGUUCGCCCCGACAACUCACGAUCUAUUGAAGAUCCCGUCGACAAGACUCAAGGCUAUCGCUAUCAGCAGAAAUUACCCACAGUCAUUUGAGGCAUUCUUGGAUAACUUUCCUCGAUUGCGCAUCGAUGCGACACAUAAUGUCGAGAUUGGGAAGGACGUAAACAAUUACAUCGAUGAUCGAAUGAAGCUUCUGGCCUGCGCUGAACACAAGAAGCCCAAACUCAGUCAACUACGCUUUAAUGUCCGACAAAAGCUCGUCAACGGCGCCGAUGGAAGUUAUCUGUGGGUCAAGUUCGCAAUCAAGUCAUUGGAGGGUGUUACAUGUCCCGAGCUCGAGGGUGCCAUCACAGAAUUCCCACGAGGUCUCAACGAUGUCUAUGCCAGAAUGCUACGCACGCUACCAGAGCGUCAGAAAGACAAAGUGAGUUACCACGGGCAGAAGAUCAAGACCUUGGAGAUGCCACGGCCGAUUUCAUACAGUGUGCAAGAGAUCUGCUUGUAG